AUGUUUGCUGUGGCUAGUGAUACUUUCAGCAACCAAGACCACACCUCCUGUGACGAUAUCAACUUCUCCCACAGUUUCCUUCCCAAAGAUUAUCCAGACCUCUGCUUGCAGUGUGCUUACAACUGGAGUAAUCAAAUACUUCAACCAAGCCCAAAGCUUUGGUUUUAUAAACAACACAAUCCUCUAGAGGGACUUGAAGCUCAAUACCCCAUCUUUGACUUCCAAGCCCGAAUGGUUGCGAACAUGAGUUCUAACGCAUCUUAUUCUGACCAUGUGCCAGCUGAUGAUUCUCUGAAGAAUGAUCCCGAGGAGUGUCUUCGAAGACACCGAUUGUCUCUAUUCCCAGACCCAGUCAGCGCCAGCUACGACUAUCAGUUUCAAAAUGAUCGUUGUUCGGAUGCUAUGUCCUUGACAUCAGACAAUCCAGAACCUGCUCCUGAUCCUGACUCUCCAUCCUUUGAUCCUAUCAAGUUUGCUGACCAUUUGAAACAGACUGAUGCCCUCACCUACACGGACAACUAUCCUAGCGACCCUGAUGUGAGUGACAGCCGGUCUGAGGACUUGGUUAUGCCAGAGUGGCGCUUGCUUGUCUCGAGCUAUUUCCUCCUUGUCCGUCCUGUGGAUGUCCUUUUUGAUAACUCCAGCGCUUUGACUGAUUCUUCGCCACAGUUUGACACAAAUCACCUGGAUGACUCUAUUUCGUCCCAGUCUACCGCCGUCGAAAGCAAGAGAAUUGAUCUUGUUGGCGAGCUUCCUUCCCACGAGGAAGUGGUCGCAGAGCUUGCGCAAGCUCUUCGAGUAGACGCAAACCCGAAGUAUCAGGACGCUUCGAAUACUCUCCCAAGUUGGCAACAGACUUUUCACAGUUCUGACUCAAGGAACAGUCUGUGGCUUGCAGAUAUGUCAAGUGCGUCUUCACCUGAUUUUAGCGAUCGCAAUACUAAUGAGUGGCUUUCAGAGAAUGAUUUUGUAUUAACAAGUCCCACAGCUAGCACUCACAGGCUGGGUUCUAUGAGCGAGAACCUGAUGCCCUUCCCGGAUCCUUUCUCGUCUUAUCGUUCUCUGGAUACCUUCUUUGAGGAUACCGAUGACGAGGAUGAUGGCUGUCUGCUAUGA